AUGUCAACAUUCCCAAAUAGUACUGUAGUUCAUCCAACUGUAUUACUCAGUGUAGUAGAUCACUAUAAUAGAGUUGCCAAAGAUACAAACAAGAGAGUUGUAGGUGCAUUGUUGGGAGCAAACAAUGGCAAGGGUGUCAUUGAUAUAUCCAACUGUUAUGGUGUACCAUUUGAAGAGGAUGAUUCAAACCCAAAUAUAUGGUUCUUGGAUCACAACUUCCACGAAAAUAUGUUUGCUAUGUUUAAAAAGAUUAAUGCUAGAGAAAAUGUUGUAGGUUGGUAUAGUACAGGUCCAAAGAUUAGACCUGCCGAUCAAGAUAUCAAUGAAUUAUUUAGAAGAUAUACACCAAACCCUGUAUUAGUAAUCAUAGACGUUCAACCAAAGGAACUUGGUAUCCCAACAAAGUCAUAUGUCACUGUUGAAGAAAUUAACAAGGAAACAUCUGAAUCAACCAUGAAAUUUCAACAUAUUCCAUCAUCGAUUGAUGCAGUUGAAGCUGAAGAGAUUUGUAUUGAACAUUUGUUGAGAGAUGUCAAGGAUUCAUCCAUCUCUUCACUCACCAACCAACUCAUUGACAAAAAGAUUUCAUUGAAACAUUUAAUUAAUAAUCUUCAAGAAAUGACCACUUAUUUGGAUUAUGUAGUUCAAGAAAAAUUACCAUUAAAUCAACAAAUUAUUGGAUUCAUUCAAGAUAUCAUUAAUUUAUCACCAAAUUUGAAUGUUAAUGAAUUGGCAAAGGCCUUUUCUGUAGAGAUGAACGAUACAGUCUCUGUCAUUUACAUCUCGUCUAUGAUUAGAUCAAUCAUUGCCCUACAUAAUCUCAUCCUCAACAAGAUUUCAAAUCGUGAUGCCGAAAAGAAAGCCGACAUUCUUUCCAGCCUUCCAGCUACUCCAACCACUGCCCCUGCUGCUGCCACUGAUAAAGAUACCAAAGAAAAUAAGGAAAAAGACACCAAACCUGUAUCAAAGAUGUUUGGCUCAGUCUUAAGAAGAAAUACCUUCAAGGUAGUUCAAUCAACUACCAAUAAUAUCAAAUCAUCUACUUCACUAUGCAAUACCAUUAAACAACAACAACAAAGAUCAUAUUAUCAAUCUUCAUCCUCAUCAUCUUCAUCUUCAUCAAAGAGCAAUAAUAGUUUUAAAUGGUUACUUGGAGCAACUACAUUGGCUACAUCAGUCUUGAUUGGAGGAACUACAUUAUUGGAUCAACAACAAGCAGCUACACCAGUUGAAGCAGUUCAAGUAACACCAGAUCAACAAUCAACUGAUUCAAAGGAAGAUGAAAAGACUACUACUACUACUCCUAAUACUGCAGCACCAGUCAAACCAAAGACAUCAGAUGAUCCAUUUGAUGGUGUAGAGAAAUUCAAAUAUAUUAUUAUCGGUGGUGGAACAGCUGCUUAUCACGCAGUUGACAAGAUCCUCGAAAACGACAAGGGUGCCAACGUACUCAUAAUCACCAAGGAAGGUGCCGUCCCAUACCAACGUCCACCAUUAUCAAAGAACUUGUGGCACGCAAGCGAACAAGAUGUUGCUAAACUUGAAUUUGCCGAUUGGUCUGGCAAAAAGGAAAGCAUCUUUUUUGAACCAGAAUCAGUCUAUGGUAACGAUGUACUUCAAGUCAUUACAAAAAAGAAAGUUGUUGAUCUCCAUGUUGAAGGAAAAGUAGUAUUACUCAAUGAUGGUACACUGGUUUCAUUUGAAAAGUUGUUGAUUGCAACUGGUGGAGAGCCAAGAAAGAUCAAUUUCUCUGCCAAGGACGAUCCAAACGUCACCACCUACAGAACAGUCGAAGACUUUAAGCAAUUGUACAACCGCGUUCACAGCGACGAGGUCAAGCACGUCACCAUUAUUGGUGGUGGCUUUUUGGGCAGUGAGUUGACCUGCUCAAUCAACGACUCUUUAAAGACUGCUAAAAAGGACAUCCAAGUCGCCCAAAUCUUCCCAGAAAAGGGUGUUCUUCCAUUGGUACUCCCACAAUACCUCUCUGAUUAUGCUACCGAGGAGGUACGUAAGAGUGGUGUUGACAUCAAGCCCGGUAAAUCGGUCAAGGACGUCACCAAGAAUACCGAGACUGGUAAGCUCCAAGUCAAGUUGGACGACGGCAGCGUUGUCGACACUGACCACGUCAUUGUUGCAGUCGGUCUCAUUCCAAACGCCGAUAUUGCCAAAUCUACGCAAUUAGAGGUCGACACCAAGAAUGGUGGAUACCUUGUCAAUGCAGAGUUGAUGGCUCGUUCCAACAUCUAUGUUGCUGGUGACGUUGCCUCGUUUUACGACUUUUCAUUGGGUACUCGUCGUAGAAUCGAGCAUCACGACCAUGCCCGUGCCACUGGAGAGUUGGCUGGCAAGAACAUGACUGGUGCCGCCGAACCAUACACCUACCAACCAUUCUUUUGGAGUGAUUUGACCAACCACAUUGGCUUUGAAGCCACUGGCAACACUGAUGCCUCACUCAGAACCUUCUCUGUUUGGGACAAACAAGCUGAAGACGCCAAGGACCAAGACAAAUACAGCAAAGGUAACAUCUACUACAUCAACGACAAGGAUCGUGUCGUCGGUGUAUUGACUUUCCGUCACUAUGGUAAAAUGGACAAGGCUCGUGAAUUAAUUCAAUCCGCCAAAACUAUUACUGACCUUAAUGAUUUACAACAUGCCAUUUCUUUAGAAGAUGCUCAUCAUUAA